UUUUUUUAUUUUUUGUAAAUGCAAGUUGCAACGAUUGACGUUUGAUUUUGUGACAUCAAAUUCGACAAGGUAUCCCUCACUGGUUCAGUUGAAUUGAAUUCACUGUUCAUCACGACAAUAAUAUGCGCAAGACAGAACCUUUUCCUCCGUGUCACUUCUUUCUUCUUCUCCUUCUAUGUGGCUUUGUCGGCGGCGACACACCGUCGCGGGAGGUGUGGUGCGUGGCCAAGAACAACGCGGAGGACGCGGCGCUGCAGUCGGCUGUUGAGUGGGCCUGCGGCGCCGGCGGGGUCGAUUGCGGAUCGAUCCAGGGAGGAGGACCCUGCUUCGACCCUUCCAGCGUGCAGAAUACGGCGUCGUACGCUUUCAAUGAUUAUUUCCGAAAACACGAGAUCGCCGAAGAGAAUUGUAACUUCGGCAACAAUGCCGCCAUCACCUCCUUGAACCCCAGUUUCGGUAAUUGCAAGUUCCCUUCUAGUUCGAUAGUGAACAACGGAAGCCUCUCGGGAUCCGCGUCAUCGACGGGAUCGAUGCCCGGUGAAGACACGAGUGGGUGCGGUGGAGUUGUUCGGAGGUGGUGGUUUUGGCCAUUUGUUAUCGCCGCUCAUUUAUUCUCCAUAGUUUCAUCCUUACCCAUUGUUUAAGGAUAGAGAUCUAUCUAUUUUGAAAUCAGCAUUUGUACUUAAUUUAAAUCAAAGGGAGUAAAUGUAAGGUUGUGUUAUGAACUAUGGUCUCUGUUUCUGGGAGGAAAAUUAGUCCAUCUUUGUGUCCUAUGAUUCUUCUGUUCUGAAAUGCAAUAUGCAGAGGUUAGUUUUA